AAAAGACAAACUUUAAAGACAAUAGAGAGAGAGAGAGAGAAAGCGUGGCCUCAAAUCAACCCAACACCCUCUGUCAAAAAAAAAAAAAAGCCUUUCUUCUCCUCCCCCAUUUCUAUCUAACGCAUGUCUUUUGUUUCCUUUCCUCCAUAAAAAAAAAGACCAAAACAAAACUCUCCAAAUCUCACUCCCCAAAGUCUCAACCUUUACUCUAAACCCAACAAAAAAAGCUCAAACCUUUCUUCCUCCCCACGUCUUCUCUCAGCCAUGACGGCGUCUGACUCCUCCGCGAUGAGACCUCACACCGUAACAACAAACCAGCAGCAGCAGCAGCAAGAGCCACUCCCUUGUCCACGCUGCGAAUCAACCAACACGAAGUUCUGUUACUACAACAACUACAACUUCUCUCAGCCUCGUCACUUCUGCAAAUCCUGCCGCCGUUACUGGACUCACGGCGGCACUCUCCGCGACGUUCCCGUCGGCGGGCGUACUCGCAAAUCCGCAAAACGCUCCCGUACUUCCUCCUCCUCCUCCUCUCUUUCACCCGUUAACUCUACCUCCUCCUCAGGCGAACUCCACAGCGCUCCGUUACAAGCCACGCCUGUUCUGUUUACUCCAUUCUCUAACGGCGUUACUACCGCUCCUCUUGACGGAAAGGGAAGUUCUUUAUCUCUCUGCGGUAGUUUCACUUCUCUCUUGAACCAAAACGCUAACAACAUCGCGGCUGCGGCGCAUGGAUCCGGGUCGGGUUAUGAUGACAUCAGCUUUGGACUCGGGAGAGCGGUGUGGCCGUUUUCGACGAAUGUAGGGAGUAACGGUGGUGGUCAUCAUCACGGAGUUACGAUACCAGCCACGUGGCAGUUCGAGGGUUUGGAGAGCAAUAACGCUGCGGGUGGAGUCUUCUCUGGUGAGUACUUUGCGUGGCCGGAUCUCUCCAUCAAGACAUCAGGGAACUACUCUCACACAUGAAAAGCUUGAGGAUUAUCGAUUAGCUUUUAAGUCUCUCUCUAAUGGCUUUUGUCAAAUCUUUAGUGAUCUCUUCUUUUAACUCUUUAGUGUGUCUUGGUCCUUUUAGAACUUAUGUUACUGAAAACUAGAAAAACAGAGAAAGUUUGUGUUUUUUAGGGGCCUUUAAAAUUUUCAACGUUCUACUCUGUUUUACUGUUCUUGCACAAGUGAUUUAGAAUUGAAAAGGAGGACACUUGUUUAGAUUAAUUCGUAAUCUGAACAGACAAAGUCUUGUUUCA